CAAGUGAACGUUAAAAUAUCUAUUUGACUAUUUUUUUUCUUUGGUGUCAUCUAUUAUUCUGGUUGCUACUUAAAAUCCACGACUCAUCAUCCCGCGACAAACCCAGAUUCACUGUUCCAUCUUCUUUGAUUUUGCAAAUUUUGCCAUGACAGCACUUCUGCAAAUCUCCAUCAAUCUCCCGGCCUUAAACUCCUCCUAUGGCAAUCGAAGCAAGAGACUGCCCACCAACUUUAGUUCCGUUUCAGGAACAGGAAUUGGUUCUUUGCAUCAAAGGAGGUUCAUUUUGAGGGGUUUUAGGGGGGGAUUGUCUUUCCUGAAAGUGAGCAGGGAUAGAGAUGGGAUUUUAGUGAGACAAGAGGGGUUGAAGAGGAAGAAGAAGAAGAAGAGGGUGGUUUUGGUUAAAUUCAAUCAAGGGUUUGGCUUCAACGGCGGGGGCGGCGGCGGGGGCGGGAGAGAUACCAGCGGCACCGCUAGGGUUUUGGGUAAUCUUGCUUUGGCUAUUGGUUUGACUUAUCUCUCUAUGACUGGCCAGCUUGGCUGGGUGUUGGAUGCAAUUGUUUCCGUUUGGCUUCUAGCAGUGAUACUACCAAUUGUGGGUUUGGGAGCUUUCCUCUGGUGGGCAGGAAGAGAUAUGGUUCAAGGCAGUUGUCCAAACUGCAGAAAUGAAUUUCAGAUAUUCAGAUCCGCUGUCAAUGAUGAUUUGCAACUGUGCCCCUUUUGUAGUCAACCUUUCUCUGUGGUAGGCGAUGAGUUUGUAAGUGAUCCUGUGAAGUUCUCCAACCAAUCUACUACUUUUGGAGAAGUAUUUAGCAAUUUCUCUUCUCGCUCCAACUCCAAGAAAGAAAAGGAUUUUUCUACAGCAGUUGUUGAUGUUGAAGCUGAUGUAAAAGAUGUAGACUGAAGCUUCCCUUUAUAAUGCAAUCAUCCCAUAUGAUGUACCUCUAUACCAUACCUUAGUCCAAGUCAAAAAGCUGCAAUGCGAAAAACAAGCGUCUGCCUAUAGCUCUGAUUUAGAGGACACGCAUGAAGAUGAUGCAGAGGGCUGCUAGCGCUUUUGCAAUUGUGAUCGAUCCACAUCUUUAAUCUCAAGAUUUCCUGCACCACCCUUGUAUAUUACCAUUACUUCUGUAAAGUCUAUUAUUGUUUGGCAUGUGGCAUAGCUGUCAAUACUGCACCUCACCUGACACUGUAUCCAAAUUUUAAAUUACUGCUACCAUACGGGAGGACUUGAACUA